GGCGCUGUGUCUGUCCUUUCCCUGAUAAGCCCGGUUCUUUGCUCGCAUGGGCGUAUUAUAGAUUAUGCCCUUGAACUUCGAGAUCAGCUUAAUCUCUCUAUCCCAUUCGAUUCUCAGUUUCAAAACCCUAACAUUCAUCAAUUUCUCUCUCCAGAAAUCAAACUAUUGUAAAUUCAGCUCAGUUCGGGUAAAUUCAACCUCCGUAAAUGGCGUUUUCGUAAUGCUUCUAUGAAUUGUUUGAGUCGAAGCUCUAAGAGAGAGAGAAAAAGUAGUGCUACGUGUCUCUGUGUGUGUCCAUUUUGAGAGAGAGAGAGAGUACAGGCUUUGAAGUUCGGAAAGUUGAGAAAUAGGAAGCAAGAGCACAGGAAUUUCGGGAACCAAACUUCGAAGUACUCGUAGGUCUCCUUAAAACUGCUUCGAUCUGUUUUCGUACAGCUGAUAGGCCGCUUCACUGCUUCAACCUUUUGAAAACUUUUCAGAUUGUGAGGUUUUUGGCAUUAGACGAUGAGAGUGUUGGACAUUUUCUUCAAUUUGUCAUUUUGAAUCUUCCAAACCUUUGGAUUUCUAACGGAGAUGGUACUGUUUUUUGGCUUGUUCAUAUUUUCAGACUCUCUCUCUCCCUCUCCCUCACCCUCACACACACACACACAAGCACACACAGAAUAUCUGAUCAAUUUUGCACACACACAUAUGCUGGAAGUUGAAAACUGAAAGCUAUACAUUUGUGAAAUUUCUCUUUGAUAAUUUAUGAUGUGGCUCAGCUACCUGAUCUGCCAUGUUAAUCUUCUUCAUAUAGCUCAAACACGCAGAUCCAACAGCUGUGGAAGCUUAUUUUGUCUUCUAAUUGCAUCUUCUGAACAGACAUCUGGUAAUAUGUACUCAAACAGAAAUAAUAUAUUAAAAUAAAAAUAAGUGUUUUUGUUUUUAUGUUUAAUGUGUGGUUGAUCUUUAAGCAUAGCUACAAUAAUGUCUGCAUUGUCUAGGGUCAGGACAGCCAAACUUCUAUUGCAAAAGCCCUCGGAGCUCCCAGAUAGAUCAAUUACAGCCUUCUUUUGCUUUUUUCGUCAACCCAGAAGCUUGAAUCUGAGGCUGCAAAAGCUCAGAUCAAAGAGCAGAGCUGAGAGGGUGUGUCUGAGAAAAUUUACAGGCUUUGCUUUUCAAAGCAGCACUGCGAAAAGCUUAAACGGAGCCUCCUCUGACAUAUUAUUACCGGCCUAUCUGUGAACGACGGUGAUAUAACAUAGCGUAAAAAACGCCUUUAUAUCUACCCCUUUAUGUGUGCCUCUGUAUAUAUCACUACAAAAGCCAAAGUACUGUGUAAUCGUCAUCAAUGCAAAGGACACCCACAUAUACACAGUCCACAUUCGCCCCACCCACCUGCUCACCCACAGUCCCUCUCUCUCUCCCUCUCCCUCUCCCUCUCCCUCUAAUUCAGAUUCCACUUAGUUUCUCUCUCUAAACACUUUCCCUCUCUAGAAACUGGGUGGAUGCUGGAUAAGAAAGAGAGCUAAAGGGGUGUUCUUGUUUUCAGUUUUGUUUCUGAGGCAUGAAAGUGCCAUGGAAUUGGAGGAUAUUCAAACUAAGUUCCCCAGGAUUGACCACAGUAACGGCAGGAUUGACUCAAACAAAAUAGGGCAAAAAGGGGAUGGGAAUUACCCAGAUGAUGAAGACGAUGGAGAGACCAAGAGGAACAACGGAGGUGGCGGCGGCAGAGAUUUUGGUGUUGGUGGAGUUGGUAGGCUUUGUGGGUGGCCGACAUCUCGGAUUGUUAGGGUUUCUCGAGCUUCAGGUGGAAAAGAUCGGCACAGCAAGGUUUUGACCUCUAAAGGGCUCAGGGACCGGCGUGUUCGCCUCUCCGUCUCCACGGCUAUACAAUUCUAUGAUCUUCAAGAUCGGCUUGGGUAUGAUCAGCCCAGCAAGGCUGUAGAGUGGCUUUUGAAGGCAGCAGGUAGUUCCAUAGCUGAGCUUCCUUCGAUUAACACUUCAUUCCCUGAUACUCCCAAACAGCUCAGCGAUGAAAAGAGGUCUAGUGCUCGUACUGAACAUGGGUUUGAUUCAGCUGAGGUGGAGUUCGACGGUGAUCCUAAUUUUCAGCAGCAACAACAGCAUGUUUCUUUGUCAAAAUCAGCUUGUAGUAGCAAUUCAGAGACAAGUAAAGGCUCAGGUUUAUCUCUUUCGCGGUCUGAAAACCGCAUUAAAGCUCGUGAACGGGCGAGAGAAAGGGCUGCAGAGAAGGAAAAGGAGAAAGAGAACGAUUCUAGGGUCGCCCAUCACCAGCAUGUGAACCCUAUUUCCCAAAAUUCUUCCUUUACUGAGCUUCUCACCGGUGGUCCAAACAGCAAUGUCGGUAACAAUAACAGUACCACCAGUCCAAAUGGGUCAGGUCACCAAAACCCUGGUGGUGGAGGUGAAUCUAAUUUAUUUCACAAAUCGCCUCGACAAUGGUCUUCAACUCCAAUGGACUACUUUGCUACAGGACUUCUUGGUACAUCCUCCUCCAGAACCCAUCAUUCAACUUCUGGGUUUUCCGGGCAUAUCCACUUGGGAAAUUCUCUCCCACAGGCAAUGGCCGUCUCUUCACCGUUCAACGUUACUGGAGAACACCAUUCAGAACUGCAGCAUUUCUCGUUCGUCCCAGACCAUCUCGUCCCAGUCGCGACGGCGGCUGGGACAAAUGACUACAACCGUAACUUCACCAUCUCUUCCGGCCUUUCUGGUUUCAAUAGGGGGACCCUUCAGUCCAAUUCACCGCCUCUGUUGCCUCAAAUUCAGAGGUUCUCUCCCGUAGACGGAUCAAAUGUACCACCCUUCUUCAUUGGGACCGUGACUCCUAAUGCUGCAUCUAUGGAGAAUCAUCAUCAGUUCUCACCUGGAUUUGAUGGCCGCUUACAACUUUGCUACGGAGAUGCUGGCCGUCAAUCAGACCAGAAGGGGAAAGGAAAAAACUGAGUUUCUCUGUCUUAGCCACUCUUCAUUUCUG